AUAAAUUAAAGCCCCUUCCUUCCUUCCUUCCUUCCUUCCUCUCCCUCUGCCUCUGCGUGUAUAUAUACACAUAUACACCCACGCAAACAUAGGCCUUGUUAUUCUUACUUAGUUAUUGGUCACUUAACUUUCGCCUUCCUUUGCUAAUAUUUAUAUACUCUUCCGUCCAUCUGCCGUCCACCGUCUCCUCUUCGCGUCGUCAUCAUGGUGAGCAUAAUUUCGCUGGUGACGGGGAGGGCCGGACCGAGCGGGUUCGGUUCGGCUUCCACCGCCGAGCUCGUCACCGAAGGAAUCGACGCCUCCCAUCUCACCGUCCUCAUCACCGGUGGUGCAAGCGGGAUCGGACUGGAGACGGCAAGAGUGAUGGCACAACACAAAGCCCACGUCAUCAUCGGCGCCAGGAACAUGGAAGCUGCAAGCAAGGCCAAACACCUCAUCCUCAAGCACACCCCAGGCGCCCGCGUCGACGUCCUGCAGCUGGACCUGGCUUCUACCAGAUCCGUCAGAGCUUUUGCCGACAGCUUCAAGGCCCUCAAUCUGCCCCUCAACGUCUUAAUAAACAAUGCAGGAGUGAUGUUCUGCCCUUACCAGCAGUCCGAAGACGGGAUCGAGAUGCAGUUCGCUACCAAUCAUCUGGGCCAUUUCCUGCUGACGAACCUGCUGGUGGACAAAAUGAAGGAGACAGCUCGAGCUACAGGUGUGGAAGGCAGGAUCGUGAACCUGUCCUCCAUUGCCCACAUCCACACUUACCGACACGCCAUCCUCUUUGACGAUAUCAACGACAAGAAACGUUAUUCUGACAAAAGGGCGUAUGGGCAGUCCAAGCUGGCCAACAUCCUGCACGCCAAAGAGCUCUCCCGACGCUUCCAGGAGGAAGGGGUGAACAUUACAGCAAACGCGGUGCAUCCAGGGUUAAUCAUGACUCCUCUUUUCAGAUACUCUGCCAUUUCCAUGAGGAUUUUGAAGUUCUUUUCCAGCUUUCUAUGGAAGAACGUGCCUCAGGGAGCUGCGACGACGUGCUACGUGGCGCUGCACCCAGCGAUGAAAGGGGUGACGGGGAAAUACUUUGCUGACUGCAACGAGAUUCAACCAAGCUCCCACGCCAGGGACGAAAUGCUGGCCAGGAAGCUCUGGGAUUUCAGCAACAAGCUCGUCAACUCUGCUGCCUCUUCCAAAGCUUAAUCAAACACAACAAAAUUCAUAUAAUCUACAUUGCCCUUCUUUUUUCCCCCUUCCCCUUUAUUGAACGAAAUAUAUAUAUAUGGUUAUCAACUUAUAUCAAUCUAAAUCAUGAGUCUGGCCAAUUUGGAUGCGCGGUGCACAGAGUUGAAUUUCAGUGAAUGUUUGAUUGUUAGUUUGCUAGUUUUCCUUGCCAUUAUGUCUCAGUGACACGUACAUCGUCUCAGCCAAUCCCCGCGUGACACGGCAUUGAGAUGGAAAGGGACGAUCGCAACCUCCAGAACAAAUACGUACAGCUUUCUUCAAUUCCCUAUAUGUCACAACGUCGCUAUCCUCUGCUUUCAUUCUGCA